CCGAGGUAUUGAACGUACUUCGUAAAUGAAUGAAUUAUCGGGUGUACUGAACUUUCUUGCAUUUGAUCGUGUUUUAAUUUCACAUGUACACUCAUAAGCGAUGCACAGCCUUGCAGCAGCGCAGCACAAGCCAACGUGAUCUAAAUAUGAUCGGCGGCACGUAUUUUUCUAGUGGCGAAAAAGAAGGUUGUCAGGGGUGAAAUCAAUCCCCAAAGUAGGGCACAUUUUGGGAAUUAAAUUUCAUUCCCCCUUAAUUCGAUACGUUUCCGUUUAAUGACGUAAUAUCUCAGCAAACAAAAAGUGACAUUUACAUAUUGGUCAUGUUAGAAGAUCAAAGCAAAGGAUUUACAGUUAUAAACGUUUCAUAACAAAUUUUAUUAACAAGCCACAUAAGCGCCUUUAUAACGUAACUGUCAUAUUAUUGAAUGGAAAAAUUCAACAUUGCGAGUAUGUCAACGUUACUUAGUGCUUGUUCGGAUUCUACUUAUGAUAAGAGAUAAAAAUUAUUCCUUUUUCAAAUUGUAGAUUAAAUUUUACAUUCAAUCACUGAAACGUUACAUGUGUCUAGUGAUAGUUUUUAUUCGUUAUCAUCCUAUACAUACAAAAAUCAUAAUCCCCAGAUAAAGCGCAAGACUUGCACGAUAUAUAAAUAUUUGAUAUUUUCCUAAUUAGUAUUUUAGAUUAACGACUUCCUUGAGCAUUACUCAGCGGUCCUGAAUUAAAUAGUCUACAGAAACUUGGAUUAUUGUGCUUUAAAUCUGUCCGGUGACAAUCCAAAAUAGUGAUUGUUCCUUAAGAAGGCUAUAGCCAAAAGUAUUUCCAUAAAAAUAAAAAAAAUAAAUAAUCUAUAAAAGUAACCAUAACGCAAGUAUCAAGCAUUGUAAAAAUCUACAAACAUGUCAAAUCCCCAAGUCGAAACCGGAAAUUCAACAGUCAACUUAACGGAUCCAAAGCCAAAAGCAGGAUUAAAAUGCUCUGAUAUAAUUCUUAUUGCUAUAAAUUGCGUGAAUCACAUAUUAAUACUCCUGGUGACCGGAUACAUAAUGUAUCUUACGGUAAAGCCAUUCAAUACAUUUGAUCGCCACGUAUUAUUUUGCACGAUAGGGUAUGUCCUACUAAUGGCGGAAGCCACAGUAAUCCUGGCUGGUGAAAAUGUCUGGACAAUAUGUCUGACGCGUCGUGGCAACAGUCAUCUGCAUUGGAUAUUGCAAUUAAUAGGAGCAGCAUCAAUUAUCUAUGGCGUCUACGUCGUCUACGAUGUAAAACGAGUUCAUUUUAACAGCCAGCACGGAAUCACGGGCCUCACGUCCGUCGUCCUAAUGAUUGUCAGUAUCGUCCUGGGUGUGCCUGCUCUUUUCGCCGCCAGAUUGCGCAGAACUGUCAAGCCGGUCGUCAGUAAAUUCAUCCAUAACCUCUUAGGUAUCAGCUGUUUCGUUGUCGGGAUAGCCUCACAGAUAAUGGGCUACGAACUCAAUUGGAUGAAGGCAAGGGUGCCUGACGAGGUCAUCCUAUUGUUCAUUAUCGCCACUGUCAUGGUCACGGUGUUCUCAUUGAUCGGCGCUCUUCGGUCACUCUGGGGACAGCUUCUUGGACUGUGCAGAUAAAUAGACGAGGGAGAUCAGGGCAAGGGACCCUCUAUUAUUAUAAUCUUGUCAAGAAGGAGAAAAAAGUAAAUAAAAAAGAUACUCGAGUG